UAGAUUCUAUAUACUCACCACACCUGGUCCUUUUUUUAUUCAGCUAAGGGGAUGAGAAAGGUGGAGUGGGGAUUCCUUUUCAGAGGGACCUUCAUCAUUAUCUCUAUCAGUCUAACCCACCUCAGUUCCUAAGGAGGUAGCAACAGCAUCCUUAUCAAUGUUGGUAAAGAAGUCAGAUGAUCCUAUUAGAUGGGGAAGGAGGGACCUCCCCCUCUCAAUCACCACCUUCUUUUGCCCUCCCCCUCUCCUAAUGCCCUCUCCUUUCCCCUCCCUUCCUUCUUCUCUAGCAGUUAUAAACAAGCCCCAGGAGGAGAAAACCCCGGAGGGAGUCGGCUGGGCCCAGCAAAUAGCUUCAACCCCUACUCUUUCUUUGCUUUAUCUGCUUCUUGUUCCUAAGCUCCCAAAUUGAUACAAUGAUGACUAUUUGGAGGCCAGGGGCGAUGUCGGCUGCUCAGCUACUGGCUCUGCUGGCCUGCCUAGGGGCUCUGGUGGAGAGCUACCCCAUCAAACCCAAACCCCCGGGUCCAAAGGCCACCCCGGAGGAGAUAAAUCGCUACUAUGACUCACUACGGAAUUAUCUCAACUUAAUCACCAGGCAGCGGUAUGGGAAGAGGGAUAGCAUGAAAGCAGAAACCCAGCUAGCUGAGAUGCUCCCGACAGCAGAGGAAACCAGAACAGCAAGUCUGGGUAAAUUCACUCCCUCCUUCCCAAACCCUUUUUCCUUGCAUCCCCAUCCUCCCAACCACUAUCAAGUUCCUAGCAAGUUCCUCAAGGGCAGGGACUUGACCAGGUAUCCGUGGCACUUAACACAGGACCUCGCACAAGAUAAGAGUUCGGUAGGUUUGUUAAAAAUCUGGUGGUUUCUUUCCCUCAUUAACCUCUGAAGGGUCCUGUGGUUUUCUUUGAUUUAUUCCUUCCUUCCUUCCACAAGCAAUCAGUAAGUAACUGCAGUGUGGAUUGUGUGCUGGGCUAAGCAAAAGAGGAAAUAGAAGGCAGGUAAGACUUGGUCCAUGUCUUUUAGAAAUUAGUGGGGUCAAUCCACUGCCUCCCCUCCUUUCUCCAUUUCUCCUCUUCCCAGACCAGGAUUCUGUAUUUCUGCCGUGCUGGCUCUUGUUCCUUCCAUAUUGUCCAAUCUCCCCUGGACACUCUCAGAUGGUAAUCCAUGUUUUCUGAUUGGGUCAUUCCUCCAUCAAGGAAUCUUCUCCUCCUCCCCAGGUCCUGCCUACAUCCCCUAAAUUCUGAUUGAGAAGCUUCCUUCUUCUUCCUUCC